UUAAUCAGAGGCAACCCUCGAGAGUAACGUUGAGUCCAAGACGGACGCUCGACACGAUCGGCUGCGCGCGGAAUGGGCGUAUUGCGUAACCCGCAAGAGUGACAGCAGGGCACGCGCGUAUGUCGAAAAGAUUAGACGGGGGAUGCAAGAGAAACGGAGAGAAAAACGCGAGAGAUGAGAUCAUCUCUCUUCUCCGACCACGCACUGCGAUCGGUUCACCGUGGCGUGAUGCUGCGACGUGCCUCGGGCGCAGUCAGUACCGGUCCAGCGACCGAUUUGGAGGGCUGUUCUGUUCUUGGUUCCUCUUGCCAAGGAAGGAAGAUCAGCGAGCGACACUAGUGCUUGCGAGGAAGGCUAACACGAGAGAUCGCAAUGCGGACGAAGCUGCAGCUGCUGCUGGUCGCGUUGUUCCUGGCAGUCCUUAUAACGGACGCGUCUGCCCAACAGCGCAGACGGAAGUUUCAUCGACGUCGUACGACCACGACGGAGUCGCCCGCGCAAAAUGAGAUGAUGAACAUGCUCGAGGCUGACGAAAUAGCCGAGGAGGCGGCAGCGGCGGCGGAGGAUGCUGAGGUCAUUCUCGAAAAUGGCAGAAACAUGGAUGGAUCGAAGCUGCGGUCGCUCCAGGCAGACCCGUGUUUGGAUAAACACUGCGGCGCGGGUCGCGUUUGCAAGAACACGGAGGAGGGCACGGCCGAGUGCGUUUGCGUGGAGGUUUGCAACCAGGAGGUUGAUCCUCGUCGCAAGGUCUGCACCAACUACAACGAGACCUUCGGCAGCGAUUGCGAGGUAUAUCAAGCGCGUUGUUUCUGCGAUACCAACGACGCCAGGUGCAGAGGCUCCGACUAUCAGCACGUCCACAUCGAGUACUAUGGCGAAUGCCGACAGAUGCCCAUGUGCAAGGAGGAGGACAUGGCCGACUUCCCCAGGCGAAUGCGCGACUGGCUGUUCAAUAUUAUGCGCGAUUUGGCGGACCGUCAAGAAUUGGCCCCGCAUUACUUGAAGAUGCAACGAGAGGCUGAGACCAACCAUACAUUACGCUGGGCAAACGCGGCCAUUUGGAAAUGGUGCGACCUGGACGGUCACCCGCACGACCGGGCAGUGUCCAGACACGAGCUCUUCCCCAUUCGAGCACCUCUCAUGGCCCUCGAGCAUUGCAUCGCGCCUUUCCUCGACUCCUGCGAUGUCGAUGACGAUCACAAGAUCACGCUGAUCGAGUGGGGCAAAUGCCUGCAGCUCGACGAGGAUGACAUAGACGAUAAGUGCGACGAGCUGGUGGAGGCGAAUUACGAGCAAUAUUAGGAAAA